AUGGGGCUUACUUAUCGUACUUAUUUGGAAGGAAGUCGUGUUUUUGGAUGUAGCAAAUGUCGAACACAUCUUUCUACAACUGAGAGUAUUAUCUCAAAGGCUUUCCAGGGUCAGCAUGGACGCGCUUAUCUCUUUGAUAAUGUCGUCAAUGUAGAAGAAGGUCCUUCUGAGGAUCGUCAUAUGACUACAGGUCUUCACACUGUCAAAGAUAUUUCCUGUUCUCGGUGCCGAGCUGUGUUAGGAUGGAAAUAUGAAAAAGCAUAUGAACAGAGUCAACGUUAUAAAGAGGGAAGGUACAUUCUGGAGAAGCAGCUUCUUUGUGAAGAGAGUUUGACCAUAAAACCCUUAUCGGAUGGCAAAUUGUUGACACAUUUUCAGUUUAGUAUUCAGCUUGAGGGAGCAGCGAGGGAAGGUGCUAGGUUCAACCAUUACAAUCUAUUUCCUCGUGCAAUAGGACAAAUAGUGCAACAGUAUAGCGCUCGAGAGUUACACCUUACUUUCACGCAAGGUCGUUGGGAAUACGAGAAAUGGGGAUAUCCGCUUUCCUUUUCUGCUGGUACUGGAGUUGAACUUUGGGCUUGGUUAUGGAAGAAUGAAAAAUUGGAUGAUAAUUGGAAAUCAUUGACAAAUGCUUUAGCCGGUCUAUUUUGUGCUUCGUUAAACUUUAUAGAUGAAACGAAAACAGUUCAACCACAAUUGUCAUUUCGUCCUGAAGGACCACAUAAUGAUACAGAAUUAUUUGACAGUGCAGAAUUAAGAUCAGGUUCAUUACCACAUGAAAAUGUUUGUACUGAAAAUUUAACACCUUGGAUUAAAUUAUUACCAUGUAAAUCUACUGCUGGCAUAGCGUCAUUAUUAAAUGGACAUGAAUUAUACAACUCCAAUUUUCACUCAAUGUCCAUCAAUGUACGACCAAUAUGUCAAGAUUCAGAGUGUACUCACCAAAAAUUGGAAAUUUUACAAACAUUAUCUACGGUAAUUAAUCCUGUAAGGAACAAGGAAAUCAGAGGUAUUGUUGAACGUUUUAUCGGUUUUUCUGACUGGUCUCUGAAUGAAUUAUAUAGUCGAAAAAUAUCACGGGCAUGUCCAUUGGCUAAAGAAAGUAAUUUAUUGUUAAUUAUACCAGAAGAAGGUGAUUUUGAGAUAAUGCCAGAAGCUGACCAGGUGAUCAAGGGCGAAACUGUAAAUCAAAAUAUAGCGAUCUAUGAUCUUAAGAAAGAUCCACAUAAUUUAGAGCUUUCAAUGAAAUGGAAUGAAUCCCAAUUCACGUAUGAUAAUCAAGUCAUACUACCUCGGGUUUUUGCACAUCGUUAUUUCUCUGGAUACGGACAAGAACGGGGCGGUAUUAAAGUGAACAUUUUCAAUAAGAGUCCUGAUCUCACAAUUCCAAUUGUAUAUUAUGAUGUAAUUCCAUGGUAUUUAAAAUUAUACCUGCACACUUUAAAAGUAAAAAUCAAUGGAGUGGAGGUGAAUUCUAAAUCUAAAGAUUACCCUAUCAAAGAUUUAUAUUAUCAACCAGCUGUUGACCGUUCACGACCAGCUGUCAUUGAAGCAUUGAUUCAUUUACCAUCCAAUUCCAUAACUACUCUCUCAAUAUUAUUUGACAAAGUAUUUUUAAAGUAUACCGAACAUCCACCUGAUCCUAAUCGGGGAUUUGAUGUUGGACCUGCGGUUAUUACAGUUAUUUCUAGUAACGAGGCUGAAGAUAACCAGAAAAAAGCAGAAGGAUAUGGUCUACCCACGCCAGAUUUUAGCAUGCCAUAUAAUGUUAUUACGUUGACAUGUACCGUACUUGCAUUGUUCUUUGGAAGUAUGUUUAAUUUAUUGACGAGACAAUUUGUUGGAUUAUUAACAUUGAACGACGAGAAAAUAGACGAAGGAAAGCAAGACGAGAAUAAGGAUAUUGUUGAUAGAAAGAACGAGGGAACAGAAAAGCAAAUACUUAGCGAAGAUAAAUAG